UGUACCUUGUCAGCUGAGGGAUUUGAACUUGCAGUCUUCCGGUUACUAGUACAAUGCUCUAACCACUAGGCUCCCCUGCCGUGAAGACAUGCAGUUCAAAUCUGCCCUAUUGAUCUUGUUGAUGGAUAAUAAAAUGAUCCUACCUAGACUAUCCUACAACGCCAUAAUCAAUGAAUAAUUGCAUUAUUAUUUUCAAAUAAGUACAGUUCUACUAUAGGCCGUAAACUGCAGUGAAACUGUUUGUUGAGUAAUGACUCAAAAGCCCUGUAUUUUGAAUGUUUCAUUCCAUUUAGGUCAGUUGUGGGUCUACUCUGAUUACAGAAAGGCCCAGUAGCAGGCUAGUCUGGCUGUAUUUUUACUUCUGAUACUGAUGCGCUGUCUGUUGCCGAUCAUCAUUCUCCUAAGUCGUCACAUAGGCCUAUGCCGCUGUGUUCUUGGGGACCUUCAAUGCUGCAGAAUUGUUUCUGUACCCUUCCCCAGAUCUGUGCCUCGACACAAUCCUGUUUCGGAGCUCUACGGACAAUUCCUUCAACCUCGUGGUUUGGUUUUUGCUCUGACAUGCACUGUCAAUUGUGGGACCUUAUAUAUACAGGUGUGUGCCUUUCCAAAUCAUGUCCAAUCAAUGGAAUUUACCACAGGUGGAUCAAGUUGUAGGAACAUCUCAAGGAUGAUCAAUGGAAACAGGAUGCGCCUGAGAUCAAUUUCACAUCUCUUAGCAAAAGGAUUGACAAGAAUCUAGAAUGUCACAUAGAACAUUUGAGGACGUGAAGGACGUCAUUCUAUCAGCCCACAAAAACACAGAGGCCGGGGACAAAGUCAGCUUCUACAACACCUGGGCAGAGAACUAUGACCAGGACGUGGGUCUUCUGGACUAUCGUGCGCCGAGUCUGGCGGCAAACUGCCUGUCCCCCUGUUUCCAUGGCGACCGGGUGACAGCAGUGAUUCUGGACGUGGCCUGUGGCACUGGAUUGGUUGCAGCACAGCUGAAGAGGAUGGGCUUCAGGCAUUUUGUGGGCGUUGAUGGGAGCAAAGGCAUGUUGGAACUGGCCAAUAAGACGGGCCUCUACCAGGACCUCAAGCAAUGCAUGCUGGGAGACGAACCACUUCCUGUCCAAGCUGGGCAGUUUGAUGUGGUAGUGAUUGUUGGGGCGCUAAGUGACGGCCAGGUGCCAGUGAGAGUCAUCAGAGAGCUGUGCCAGGCCACCAAACCAGGUGGUUACGUCUGCAUGACAACCAGAGGUAACCAUGACAACCUGGAGUACAAGGCAGCGCUGGAGCAUGAGCUGGAGCUGAUGGAGGGGGCGGGGCUCUGGGGUCACGUGGCGAUCACAGAGGUGGAGGACUGGGAGAAAGCCGCAGCGGAGCCGGAGAAGGGCUACAUACCUGGAGUGGUGUAUGUUUACAGGAAGUCAUCACAGUGA